AUGUCUUUGUCGACGGUUAACGAAGCCGCAGCGGUCCAGCGGGAGAGUGAGUUAUCAGAAGGUAAUCUGAGUCGCGUGUCCGUCAAGGUACCGCCAUUUUGGCACGAACGACCAGAAAUUUGGUUAGCGCAAAUCGAGGCGCAGUUUGCAGUCGCCGCUAUAACUAGGGACGUUACGAAAUUCAAUACUGUCGUCGCAGCGAUCGAGUCCAGUGUCAUUGCUGAUGUAGCCGAUGCUGUUUUACACCCGCCUGCAACUGGUAAAUACAAUUACUUGAAGAACCAGAUUAUAGAGCGGUUUGGUGAAAGUGAGCAACGCAAGAUCCAGAGGCUCCUUUCUGAGAUCGAAUUAGGAGAUCGUCGACCAUCGCAGUUGUUGAAUGAGCUGACAGCACUAGCGAAGGAUAAAGUUAGUAACGAAUUCCUGAAGUCACUUUGGCUCCAACGUCUACCUCCGCAGGUACGUGCCAUUUUACAAACAUCAAGUGUUGACCUGGUAGAAUUAGCUAAACUGGCCGAUAGAAUUUGUAAAGCUGGCGAUUAUCAUUAA